AUGCAGGAGCACGUUGGCGUGACGGGUGAGGCUGGCGGCGCCGGCAAGGGCUUCACGUCCAAGGUCCACUGUCGUCGCCUCGUCCCCGGGUCACGACCCGGCGUCCCCCCGUCGAUCCGACGUCGUGACGUGACGGUCGGCCCCGCUGCGGGCAGUGCGGUGACGCCGGUGCUGGCCGCCUUUCGGCCGGACGCGCUGGUGUGCCAGUGCGGCGCCGACGGCCUGGCCGGCGACCCGCUGGGCACGUUCAGCCUGACUCCAGCCUCGCUGGACCGCUGCGUGGCGCGCCUGCUGGCCGCCCACCGGCCGAUCCUGCUGCUGGGCGGCGGCGGCGGCUACCACCCAGCGAAUGCGGCACGCUGCUGGGCGCAGCUGACGGCCCUGGUGCUGAGCCGCCGUCUGCCUGACGAUAUCCCGGAACACCAGUUCUUCAUGAACUACGGACCCAGCUAUGAUCUGGCUAUAAUUCCAGGCUUAAGGAAGGACAACAACACUGCCGAAUAUCCAGACCAUCCGCCGGAGAGUCAGUG